AUGAAGUAUCAACGCCUUGCCUCCUUGGGCCUUGCUGCCCUGAGUGUUUCGGGAUCCGUCUCUGCAAGCCCUCUCAUUCGGCAUGAGGGCGAGUCGGUGUGUCCUUCAGGAUACACACAGAGUGUAUACUAUGUGACUGUCACUGCUAGUUCCGCUCCGGCGUCGACUGCAUCCGUUGAGCCAACUACAACCCUAGAGUCCUCGUCAACCGUCACGGAGACCACAGUCAUCACCCCGGAGAUUCCAGUCCAAUCUCCUACAUCCAUCCCGGCUGAAACUCCUACUCCGGUUGAGACUCCUGCUCCGGUGGAGACCAGCGCUCCUGUCGAGCCUACCACUUCAUCAUCUACCACUGAGACACCCGUGGUGGCCCCAACCAUUGCUACCCCCUCCACCACCAUUGAAGCUCAGCCUACAGAAGCAGUUGCCGAACCUUCUACUUCAUCCUCUUCCACCGAAGAGCCCGCAGCAACCCCAAUUGUUGCUACAACGUCCUCCACCACGGCUGAUGCUCAGCCCACCGAAGUAGUCGCCGAGCCUUCUACUUCGUCUUCCCCCGCUGCUGAUGUCCAACCCACAACCGCCGUUGCUGCCCCUACAACCAAGCACACCUUCUACGGCGGCAACAUCUCCGGCGGAGCAUGCUCCUUCUCGGGCUACACGCUUCCAUCCAACCUCUUCGGCACAGCCCUCGGCUCCCCACGCUGGGACAACGCCGCCGAAUGUGGCGCCUGCGUUGCCGUCACAGGACCUAACGGAAACACCAUCAAGGCCAUGAUCGUCGACAAAUGCCCCGAAUGCGACUCCAACCACCUCGACCUCUUCCAAUCUGCCUUCGCCGAGCUAGCCGACAUCUCCAAGGGCGUCAUCGACAUCAACUGGUCCUACGUCUCCUGCGACAUCGACUCGCCCCUGAAACUCAAGAACAAGGAGGGUACCUCCGCGUACUGGUUCUCGAUGCAGGUUGUCAAUGCCAACGAGGCGGUUACCUCGUUGGAGGUUAGCACUGACGGUGGAAGCACCUGGCAGAGCACUACUCGCUCGGACUAUAACUACUUCGAGAACAGUUCGGGAUUCGGGACUGAGACUGUUGAUGUGAGGGUUACGGGGAAGAGUGGGAAGGUUGUCACGGUUAAGAAUGUGGGUGUUUCUUCCGGGACGGAGGUUACUGCUUCUGGAAAUGUUUAG